AUGUUUGAGGAUAUUUUGGCUAUGGUAAUACCACCGUGGAUAAUUAAUCCAUAUGGUGACAUAGAAGAAACGAAUGUCAUAAUACAAGAGGAACUGACUGAGCUAAGUACAAACGAAGAACUUAAGGUUGAGUUUAAAAACGGAUAUCAGCAAUUCUGGCUGGAAUAUAGCGAGGAAAUUUUUAAUUUCCUUUCCAUCGUCAUACCUAGUGGAAAGGGGGUUCAGCGCUAUUACCAAUCUCCUAACGACAAAAAGAAACAGACUGGACAUCAUUAGCCGAGGAGAUUUAAGAUUAACCCUUACAAAAUUGACGCCAAUUGUUGAUAAUUUAUUAUUAAAGCAACGGAUUCAUC